AUGGCCGCGGUCGUGCGCCGCCUCGGCGCCUCCUCCGUGACCCCGAAGCUGAGCCUGACUCUCCGCGCCAGCAGCUUGCCGAGGCAGUUCUCCUCCCUGCAGAGCAAAGUGGAUGACUUCUGCAAGCACGUGGAUGCGCACCUUCCAAAGGACGGAAAGAAGGUGGUCUUUGCCACCGCUUGGCUUGCCACUGACAACGUGUUCGUCGCCCUCAUGCGGAAGCACUUCCCUGAGGUUUUGACCGGGAUGAACCUCGUUGCCAUUGACACGCUGCACCUCUUCCCGACGGCUCUCGAAUGUGCCAAGCUGGUGGAGGAGAAGUACGGCAAGAAGGCCAUGUGGAAGAUGCCGAAGGGAAUCACGACGAAGGACGAGUUCAUUGCCAAGUACGGCGACUGCGAAGAGUUGGACUCUGCCGACUUCGACUUUGUGAGCAAGGUGGAGCCGUUCCAGCGCGCUUUGGAGGAGUGCGAGAAGGACAUCUUGAUUACCGGCCGCCGCAUGGAUCAGGCGGCACAGCGCAUCAAGCUGGAUGUCUGGGAGGAUCAGAAGCGCACGCUGAACCCGAUGGCGAACUUCAGCUGGCAAGACAUUAUAGACUACGUGGACAAGGAGGGAGUGCCAGUGAACGCUGGCCACAACUGGGCCUUCCGCUGCGACGCGCCGAUCGAGGCCACCAGCCGCCAUCUCCCGGACCUUCCGUGGACCAAGGUGGACCUGGGGAAGCCUUUCUGGCGAUGCACGGAGGCUGAGAUCAAGGGAAGCCCUCCCGCCGCCGUCACCUACGUUUUCAAGUCUUUCGGCGACAUGCACACGACGGUGCCCGUUGAGCCCCACGAGUCCGAGCGCGCCGGCCGUUUCGUACGCCAGGCGAAGACGGAGUGCGGUAUUCAUACUCGCACCACCUUCGCUGGUGCUCCGCACGGCGGAUCCCUCGUUGACUUGACGGUGAAGGAUGCGGCAACCAUCCAGAGCCUCACCUCCAGCGCCGUCAAGGCGAUCGAGCUGAACGAACGCCAGGCAUGCGAUGUCUUCUGCCUGCUCAGCGGCGCCUUCAGCCCCCUUUCCGGAUUCAUGGAGGAGUCUGCCUACAACUCCGUGGUGAAGGACAUGCGCCUGCCGGAGAAGCAGCUCUUUGGCUUGCCCGUGACCUUUGAUCUUCCAGAGGUGGAUGGCAUCAAGCAGGGGGACAAGCUGCUGCUGAAGUGGAAGGGGACGAACGUCGCUGUCCUCGAGGCUUCUUCCAUCUGGAAGCCCAACAAGGUGGUGGAGGCCAAGGAGUGCUACGGCACCAGCAGCCUCGAACAUCCCACCGUCGCCUCCCUGGUGCAGGAGAUUGGCAAGUAUUACGUCGGCGGCAAGAUCCACGGCUUCGAGCUGCCCAAGUUUGGCUACCCUACGCAGACCCCGGCUGAGGUCCGGGCGACGCUGCCGGAGAACAAGCAGGUGGUCGCCUUCCAGAACCGCAACCCCAUCCACCGAGCUCACUUUGAGCUCUUGAUCUGUGCCCAGAAGGAUGUGAAGGACUCCAUCCUUCUUGUCCAUCCCACUUGCGGACCCACUCAGCCGGGUGACAUCGAUGGCCUCGUGCGCAUCCAGACCUAUGAGGCCCUGAAGACGGAGACCGAGAAGGAAUAUCCCAUGUUCCGCUGGGCCUACCUGCCAUACAGCAUGAAGAUGGCUGGACCUCGCGAGGCCAUCCAGCACAUGAUCAUCCGCAAGAAUUACGGUGCCACCCACUUCAUCAUCGGGCGCGACAUGGCCGGAACCAAGAGCACCAUUGAUGGCGAGGACUUCUAUGGACCCUAUGAUGCCCAAGAGACCGGCAAGAAGUACUCUGCAGAGCUCGGUGUGACGGUGACCCACUACGAGAACAUGGCACCUCGGCCAGAGCUUUAG